AUGCCGUUAGUUAAGCGAUCGAUAGAGCCGUCUGCCAUAAGUCAUGGAGCAAUUGGAUCAGAUGUGAGGAAUGAGCUAGAAUGCGUUUCUAACAACACGUUGUCUAAGAUCAUCAAACAACUUGGUUCAUUGAGCAAGCAGUCGGAAGAUCUCUUUGCUGAAUUGUACGUUGAAACUUGUACACUGGCAAAUAGAACGACUAAUUUAGGCAGAAGAAUUGAUGGUCUGAAGCAAAAAAUUUGCCAGUUGAAUCCUAUUGUUGAAGAAGUUUCUCUGCAAGAAAUUAAUCAACGCAAGCCAUUUAAAAGUGUCAUGUGUCGAGACCAACAGAUCAUGCUCAGAUCAACUCGUCCCCACUCAAUUGCUGAAGUCUACAAGAUGUGUGAAAUGCCUCCAGCACUCAAUAAAUUGGAUGUCUUCAGAGAGGAUGGCAUGGACAGUUUGAAGUUCUAUACCAAUCCGGAGUACUUUGCCGAACUUUGGUUUGCUGAAAUGAAGGCCGCUCAGCACCAGCAGAAAAAAAUUAAACAGAAGCACAGUCAACUGGUUGGUAGAUUUUUAUCUCCCAUCCAUUUAUAA